GAAUCUACCCGUCAGUAUUGAGAGAGUCGCGAGUGCAACCACACCUGUCGGAUCGUUUCAAGAGUCGCGUCGUCGCUAUGAACAGUCCCAUCAGCGCGGGCGAGCAGCGUCCAUUUUCGGCGCAAUUCCCAAAGAAGCCCCAAAUUGGGGACGAAGUGAUUGUCAAGGCGCGGCUCACGCCCAACGCCAAGGUAUUCUCAAUCAACUUCAUUCUGCCGACGCCUCCGCCCGUCCACAAGUCGCUGUCGGCGCCAGCGUCCGUCGCGGAGUCCACCGUGGCAGCUCAAGGUCAGGGUUGUUGUGGCAGGCUGGUGGGACCAGCGGCCAAGAGUUCCUCGCCCUACAUCGCGUACCACUUCAAGACCAUCUUCGGCGAAGACGACGAAGACGAAAGUGUGGUGGUUCAAAACUGGAAGAACGUGGUCUGGCAGCGUGAGGUUCGGGAACCGAACCGUUGGCUCCGAGACCGGACGCGGCCGUUUACGUUGAUCUUCCGGUUUCAUCACGACACCAUCCGGGUGUUUGUAGAUCACACCCACCAGGCGCCGGAGUACGAGUUCGAGUAUCAGGUUCCGCUGGAGCGAAUCCGGCUCGUCGAGCUGUGGGACGACGUCGAAUUCGUCGAAGAAGUGACGUUCCGUUUCAAGAAUAUGAUUCGUAACGGCACUUAGAACAACCAACGGUUGGAAAGUUUUGGCGCGCGCGCGCUUCGUGAGCCAUCGCAAUUCCAACUAUCUGUACCCUAUCUAUUAACAACUUAAAACGCUCGGCAAACAUAUUUGCAUUUCUCUCAGCGUCAUCGGCACUCGUUGGAUUUGUCGCGUACUUUAAACGAGCGGACUUCCCCCUAACCACCAAUCUCUUUCAUUCAUCUUUUUCGACCUGCACACAAACACGCAUAACGAUGUCGCGACUCACGUGCUGGACGCCGCCACCGCAGUAUUAAGAGGUAUUAAGUAUAUAUGCAGAGAUUCAUCAAGCACCACCUUGUUGUAUACGCUUUUAUGGAAGUAGGAAUAGCUUAAAAGUGCUGUUUUUAGUGCAAUAAAAAUGCUGAUUUUAUCAAACUCGA